AUGGUACGGAUAAGCUUUUGGUUAGUGGGAGACAUACUUGGGGGUUUUUUUGCUAUCGAUCGAUCGAGUGGAGGUAUUGUUUGGAAUUGCAAUGGUAUCUAUGGUGGAGACUUUGGUGCUGUCCCAGAAGAAGCUAUCUUUAGCUGGCAAUACAAAACUCGCGUCCACGAUUUCGGAGACAACUUCAUCAUAUUCUCUAGCUUCGGCAACCACGACUACGCCGGUGCUACCGGAGGAAAUGCUCAAAACACCGCACCCACCGUCGGACGCGAGUUUUAUCUCGAACUCCCUGCGAGCAAAAAGUACCACUCCCUCUCUCCGAAUACCUACAACGAAUUCUCCUCCCUCUUCAGCGACUCCUGGGGCUCCUUCGACUACCUCCCCAACCAGCAAAACGCCACCAGCCGCUUCACGUCCUACGGUCAACUCCCCAUCCUCCGCGAAUGA